AUGGCGAAGGUCGCCACGGCCUCCUCGGCUAUCAGGUCCAAAAGAACACAGCUGGGCAGAGCGAUGUCACAUGCCAGGAUCGCGCUAGUUGUCUUGAGAACGGUGAGAAGUAAGGCGAGAAAACCGACUCUUUCUAUUUGCAAAAUAUUGCCGCGUGCGUGCGUCCCGCAGGAUUUCAUCAUCACGAUACUUGAUCUUCUGUACCGUGACCGCGACUACGCCAGGUUCUUCGUGCUCGAGACCAUCGCCAGGGUGCCGUAUUUCGCCUUUAUAUCGGUGCUUCACUUGUACGAGACCUUCGGCUGGUCGAGGAAAGCGGAUUACAUCAAAGUGCACUUUGCUGAAAGCAUGAACGAGUUCCAUCAUCUCUUGAUCAUGGAAGAAUUGGGCGGCAAUUCUGAGUGGAUUGAUCGCUUUCUUGUGCGGUUUAGUGCCGUUUUUUACUACUUCAUAGCUGUUGGCAUGUACAUGCUGAGCCCAAGAAUGGCAUACCACUUUUCUGAAUGUGUUGAGAGGCAUGCAUACUCAACUUAUGACAAGUUCCUUAAGGUCAAUGGAGAUCAGUUGAUAAAACUACCAGCUCCAGAGGCAGCUAUAAACUAUUACAUGAAUGAGGAUCUUUACCUAUUUGAUGAGUUUCAAACAUCAAGAGCCCCAAGUUCUAGGAGGCCUAAAGUUGAUAACUUGUAUGAUGUAUUCGUCAAUAUACGUGACGAUGAGGCAGAGCAUUGCAAGACGAUGGCGGCCUGUCAAACACCUGGAAGUAUCCGUUCUCCUCAUUCCACGGAGAGCCGUAUAGAAACUGAUCGUGAAGAUUCUGUCAAAAGUUCUCUUGCAAAUGAAGAUUGACCGGUUGUACCUCCGCACUAGAACAUCGCAGAAUAGCAUACACACUUUGUAUAGACAUCAGGCAGACUUCGUACUGUGAAUCUUUCAUAUUAGAAAUAGGUAAUAACAGUGCAUCACAGAUUUCACAGCAAGGAAUCUGCACAGUGGGUCAAGCAUUAACACAGGCCGUGGACGUUGUAAUCCAAUGCUUUAGUCAAGCUUAUGUGUUCUGUAUUUCACAUUAAUGCAGUCCAUACUGAUCAACA